CUUUGUAACGGAAUUAACCAACUGCUUUUUAAAGGAGUUAGCCAAAAGCACAAUUACUUCAUAUUAUAACAAAUUCAGAAACCAAUACCCACAAAAGCUUCAAUAAAGCUAAAGUUGAAAUCAUUGCCCCAAAUGCCUCACCGAUUAAUUAAACAUAUGGUUCCCUCGGUAUUCUCAAAUGCAAAUGGUGCUUAAUUUCUCGAUUAAUUUGAGAAAGUUUUGUGUUUGAGAGCGAGAGAAGGAACGAGAAGGAUCAAAGCUUGCCAUGGAUCCUUCCUUGUAUAAGGCGGCUAUGUUGGGUCAUACCGUCGAUCAAUCAAUUGACCUUCUCCAUCAGAAAACACCUAAAGACAACAAUGUUCUUCAUAUUGCAGCCAAAUACAAGCAAAUAAAAUUCUUCGAAAAAAUCCGGCUUGACAGUCAAUCACCGUUGUUUUGGGCCACCAACAAGAAAGGCGAAACUCCCCUCCACAUUGCUGCCAGAGUAGGCUGCCCUGAAGUAGUUAAGUUCCUCAUUAAUCACGCCAAAACGUUACACAUUAAAGGAGCUGAUCAGGAGAGCGGCGGAGCUGAUCAGGAGAGCGGCGGAGCUGAUCAGGAGAGCGGCCCAGCUGACGGUGAAGCUCAUAAAAACCUACUCCGAAUGACUAAUUUUGACAAGGAUACGGCAUUGCAUGCUGCUGCUCGAUAUGGACACGAUGGAGUGGCAAUCCUCUUAAUUAAAGCUGACCCUCAAUUGUGUUGUUUUACUAAUAGCGCAGAGGAGUCGCCCUUGUUCUUAGCUGUUUCCCAUGGCUUUCAACUCAUAGCUGGUUCUAUCCUAAAUUGUCCAGUAUCCCCUUCCUUUCAAGGGAUCAACGGCGUGACAGCUUUACAUGCAGCAGUUACUCAAGGAGACAGAAAAGCAAAAGGCAAUGUGGCGCUUAUGGUAUCCAAAAAUCCUGAUAUUAUCAAAGAAGUUGACGCACUUGGGUGGACUCCCUUACACUAUGCAGCAUUUAGAGGGAACCUUGAAGCAGUUCGAGUGUUGAUGCAAUGUGAUAGCUCUGCUUGUUACAUCUUGGACAAAUCGGGAAUGUCAGCUCUCCAUGUCGCGGCCUAUGCAGGCCACCUAAAAAUAACGGAUGAUUUGAUUCGAUGUCGGCCUGAUACUUGUGAUUUGCUUAAUGCCAAAGGCCAAAAGUUUCUUCAUUCUGCAGUUUUGGGUGGACAAACAGACGUAAUUAAGUACGUAUUGAAGACACCUAAGCUUGAAAGACUUACAAAUGAAGCAGAUGAAGAUGGAAACACUCCUUUGCAUCUGGCCGUCAUUCAUAAAAAAUGGGAGAGUAGAGAAAUUUUGAGAAGGAAUGAUAGGGUGCAUAAGUCUGCUAUCAAUAAGGAGUUGUCAAAGGCUGUUGAUAUUGCUGCUGACAAUUUUGCUGCUGACAAUAUUGGAAAGCAGGGUGUGAGAGCUCUAGACCAGCUGGGGAGGUCCGUUGGUGUGCCAUUUUUCCAACAACAAAUCAGCCGUGAAUUAAAAAAAAUGGAAUCUUCUCCAGAGAAGGAUACCUCCAAUACGCAGCCAAACAUUACAGUCAACGGUCAAAAGCUACCCGAAAAUUGUACUGAUCAGGUCAUGAAUGGAACUGAUACCGAUCUAAUAGUCGCUGUGCUUAUCGCAACCGUCACAUUUGCAGCGGCUUUAACUCUUCCUGGAGGUUAUAAAAGUGAUGGAGCUGCAGUUUUAGAGGAAAAUAUCUUUUUCCAAAUUUUUCUGGUAUUCAACUGUUUCUCCUUCUUUUCAUCAACUUUAGUGAUUUUAGCUAUAUUCUGGGAGAGAUUUUUAUCGAUCUAUAGAAAAGAAGACGUAACUGGAGCGCUCCUCCACAUGUCCAUUGGAGGAAUGAUGGCCGCGUAUGCUUCAGGAACUCUUGCGUUUCUGUCCAAAGGCUCCGCACUAUUAUUGGCUUUAUUGGCUGUUGGUUUAUUCGCUCCAAUAAUAGCAAUGUUCGUUGGAUCGACUUUCAUCAGCCAGUUGAAGCCUCUAUCAACUUUUCCACAAAAACAGGAAAAGAUCAGUUGGCUCCGCAAGGUCUCAAUUUAAUAAUGGUGUUUAAUUACUUGUUAGUUUGCUUAGUCCCGUUUGACUUAGUGAUAAAGGAUUUAUGGUUACCAUUAUGUACUUUAUGCAAAAAAAAAAAAAAAAAAAAAAAAAAAAA